AUGGAGGAACCAAGCGAAGUAAAAACUCAACUUUCACUUUUCCGCCUACCGGACGAGAUCCUUCUUAAGAUUAUAGGACACCUUGAUGACUGGAGCGAAGCUGAAGAGAUUCACGAUAAGAAGCUGGAGCAAACAGUUACCAUUCCUGGGUUCGGAGGGCCGAUUGCUCUACGGAUGUAUCUACACGACGCUGAAUGUCCAAUCUUAACUAGCUUUCAAACCUUUGCCGUCGUCAACCAUCAGAUUUAUUCUCUAUGUCGACCUAUCAUAUGGCAGCGUCUUACGUUCCCUUCUCCGUUACCAGGUCCAAUGACGACCUGGAUGAAGGAAAUCUUACCGAAACACGGAUCGUAUGUCAAAACAGUAUACGCGGAGUUAAGGGAGGAAUGGUUUGAAAGACCACCAAAGCCGCUUUCUAUCAAACAAGCAAUCAAACACACAGACCGACGUCAGCAUGCACCGGGAUCAGGAAUCGAAGAAGCUAAGGAGUCCGACGAUGAUGAAGACAUCUAUACCGACAAUUUCUCCGUCAGCCUUACACAUCGGCGGCAUCAGCAUGAGCCCACAUCGCUCGGUCUGUGUCCAGAAAAUCUGGUUCGGGUGCUUUCUUAUUGUGAAAAGCUUACCACACUCGAACUCAUUUGUCCGGAUACGGAGCGGAACUAUCCUAAUUCAGGCGAAGUGCGAAACUUGAGUUACAAUCUUACCUCGUUGUUUUCUGAACUUGGAAAUCUUCAACAUCUCAAGCUAUCCGGGCCUUAUAACUCAUCCAUACAAGCAGAAUGCAUCUACAAACCUCUCACGCAGCUCCCACUUCUCGAAUCACUCGAUUUGGCAUGCGUUGCGGUUGAAGACCGGAGAAAACUUGGCAGUCUUGCUACUUCUCUUCACAGUCUCAAGAAGCUCAGAUGUCUGGUUAUGGAUGAAGUCGAUGCCCUAAACAGCUCUUGGGGCUGUCAAGAAGGUCCCCCUCAUUUGGAUAGUCUUAUGAUCACUGAUUGUACACAUCUUCGGUUCGCAAAGACACCGGUGUUUGUCAGCUCAUGGGCGCCUCACCUGACUCAUUUGGAGCUCAGAUUUGUUGAGCCUUACGAUGACUUAUCACAAGAAGACCUUUCUCGCUUCAACCCCAAACGUAAUCGAGUUUCACUCCCGGCUUUAACACAUUUGACUAUAUGGCCUCAUUCGGGAUGUCACUAUAUCCACUGUUUUUCGGAUUGUAAAGAGCUUCGUCAACUCACAUUUAAUUACUUUAUCAGGUGUGACGAAGAAGACGAAGAAGACAAAGAUGAAGAUUUCAUACCAGAUCCAGAUGGUUCAUAUAAAGGACUUAUUGCACUUUCAGAGUUUAUCGCCGAGAAUGUAUUUCCUAAGCUCAAGGUGAUAGUCAUACCUAUUGAAGAAGAUCACUUUCCACUUGAACCAAUCUCAGCUGCUGCGCUGUCUCCGUUGGAAGAAUUCUGCAAACUCAAUGGCAUAGAAUUGAAACUUUUUCCUGGGGAUAUACGCCGUAAGACUUGGCGUGUUCGCCAUAAUUACGACUGA